UCCCUCUCGAGCUCAAGCACCCCCCCCCAAGACACUUCAAGCCACUCCAUAAUUGAGAUGCUGAACCUGUAUCCGCCCGCGAACCACGCCGUGUACAAUGGUGCCACGCUCAACUUCGCCCCCGAGAUCGACCAAGCUUGUCAGGCCAUCCACGACGCGUGCAAGGGCCUGGGCACGGAUGAGGAGGGUCUCAUCGCCGCACUUGGCACCAAAUCUGCUGACAAACGUUAUCUUAUUUCAGUGCGUUACAAAGAGCUCUUCGGCAAGGACUUGAAGAAGGUGCUCAAGUCCGAGACAUCGGGCGACUUCGGCCACCUCCUGCAGCUCAUCGCGCAACCGUUGCCCGAAGCCGAGGCCGCUAUUCUCCGCAAGGCCACGAAGGGCCUGGGCACGAAGGAAAAGCUCAUCUACCCCAUCGUUAUGGGUCGCACAAAUGUAGAAAUUGGUAUCCUUAAGAAGACGUACUACGACAAGUAUGGUAAGGACCUGGGCUCCGUCAUGGACAGCGAGCUGAGCGGUGACCUGAAGAAAGCUGUUCUGGCGUCGCUACAGGCGCCUUUAGAGCAGUUUGAUCCGGUAUUCCACACCACACAGAAGGCGGAGGAAGAUGCCGAGGCUCUAUAUAAGGCUGGAGAGGGUCGUAUGGGUACGAAGGAACACGAGUUCAUCAAUAUCCUGGUGACAAGCCCACCCCAGCAUUUACGCGCUAUCAACGCCGCCUACGAGCAAAAACACAAGCACGGUAUCGUCCACGCGGUCAAGAAGGAAUUUGGCGGUGACGCUGAGGACGCGUUGUUAUUCCUGGUGCGUAUGGCGCUGGAGCCACUCAUUCUACUGUCGGAGCUGUUCGAGAGCACGAUGAAGGGCUUCGGCACGGACGAGAAGGCUCUGAGCGCGGCGCUUGUGCGCUACCACCUAGUGUUGCGUGACAUCCGACCUGUGUACAAGAAAACGUAUGGAAAGGAUCUGCGUGAUCGUAUCCAGGGUGAAGUCAGCGGAGACUACGGAAAACUCGUGCUGGCCGUUUAUGAUUCUCCUGCCCAUUAACCUCGUCGAUUUGAAGAAAAAGUGUUAUGCAAAUCAAAUUGUACGAGCUAGUGUUACAGCGUAAUCUGCUACUGUAAUCGUGACAAAAGAACGCGAUAUUUCACUAACCCAACAUCCGAAAACUUCUGGACAAAAAGUAGGGCGAUUUGGGUAGGCAUCAUCACUGUAUAAUCUUUUUUUUUUCAGACCAGCAGUACAGUGGACCGAUUCCCGAAGCUCAGAUUGCUAUCACAGACCUAAAUCUUGGACGCCAUCUCGGCGAUCUGAGCUGCGGGGAAAUCGGUCCAGUACCAAGCAUCUCCUGCAACCACAGAAUUCGCGAAACCAGCGUCUUGUAUCGCUCUGCACUUAUUUUUCUUUACAAUCAUAUCUAAUGUUUAUUUAAUACUAGCCGAGCGCCGCCGCUACGCGGCGGUAAUUUAUGUUAGGUCGCAGUUGCUCAAUCCUUUCCCGCCUUCGCUUCGCUUCGGCGGGAUUAUACAUACCCCUUUUUUAAGC